AUGGACGUGAAAAACGCAAAAAGCGGAAAGAGAAAGGAAAGUGGAGCUGAUGGUCGGAAAAGACGUAAAGUAGAGAAACAUGAAUCGGAAAAAUCAAGCAAGUUCCUCAAGGCCUUUUUGAAGAAGUCAAAUGAGAAUAAAUCAUCCUGUUUCGAGAAAUCACCAUCACCUGAUGCAGUUUUUUCAAAAUCAAGGAAUAGCUCUAGCGAAUCAGAAAAGGAGGAAAUGGACUUAUCGCCAAAAAAAUGCAAUUCGCCAGAAGAAGAAAAAUUACCAGAAAAUAACAUUUUACAUACAAAUGAUUUCGAAAAACUUCCUAGUGAAAUAGAAAACCUGAUACAAUACCAUGACAUCGGGCAUCUGAAAUUUGAUGAAAAUUCUGGGAGAGCAAUUGUAACCAACACAACGAGACUAGAAAUAAUUAAGCUCGGUUGGAAAUAUUUUCAAAAUUCGGACGGGCCAUUUCUACCAACAAACAAUCGUUCGAUGACUCAAAAUUGGUUCAAGAAAAAGUUAGGAGAUGGACGUGGUGAAGAAGUUACUCGAUCUUGGCUGGUGUACUCCCCGUUCAAGAAAUCAGCAUUUUGUCUUUGCUGCAUUCUGUUUUCAAAUUCUGAACAUCAGUCGUCGUUGGAGAAAGAAGGUGGAUUCACCCAGUGGAAGGCACGCGAGAGGAUCAUCAUUCAUGAAAACUCCAAGAAACAUCGAGAAAAUUUUGCACGGUGGAAAGAAAUGGAGCUCAAUUUUACUCGAAGUGAAGGUUUUGUUGAUGCAAGGAUAUUGUCACAGUUCGAGGCAGAAAAACUUAAAUGGCGUGAAGUUUUGACAAGAAUUCUCCAUUGUAUCAAGUUUCUAGCUACGCAAAAUUUGGCUCUGCGAGGACACAGAGAGCCACAUCAUAUGCUUGACAACUCUAAUGUCGGAAAUUUUCUUGGUUUGCUGAAACUAGUAUCUAUAUUCGAUGAAGUUAUGAAAGAACACCUGAGAAACGCUGAAAGUCAUCCUGGGUCCACUUCGUAUCUUAGCCCAUGCAUUCAGAAUGAAUUUCUUCACCUUAUGGCAUCUGCUGUUCGCUGGCGUUUACUUAAAAGUAUUCAUGUGGCCAAGUAUUAUGGUCUCAUGUUCGACUCAACUCCCGAUAUUGCCCAUCGCGAUCAAAUGUCAGAAGUCGUGAGGUUCGUGGACAUUGAUUUUGAAAAAAAAAAACAGUACAGGUGA